UCAACUUUCCGCAGCCCAGCAAAUUACCAUCACCAACCCGUCGUCGAUACACAGACAGAUCCGCAAAAAUGGCUGGAGGCAAACCCCGUGGUCUUAACGCCGCCCGUAAGCUGCGAACAAACCGAAAGGACCAGAAAUGGGCCGAUCUCGCCUACAAGAAGCGUGCCCUCGGUACCGCUUAUAAGUCCUCUCCUUUCGGUGGUUCUUCGCACGCGAAGGGCAUCGUCCUCGAGAAGGUCGGUGUCGAGGCCAAGCAGCCCAACUCCGCUAUCCGAAAGUGUGUCCGUGUUCAGCUCAUCAAGAACGGAAAGAAGGUCACUGCCUUCGUCCCCAAUGACGGUUGCUUGAACUUCGUGGAUGAGAACGACGAGGUCCUCCUGGCUGGUUUCGGUCGCAAGGGCAAGGCCAAGGGUGAUAUUCCCGGUGUGCGAUUCAAGGUCGUCAAGGUCUCCGGUGUCGGUCUGCUUGCUCUGUGGAAGGAGAAGAAGGAGAAGCCCCGUUCUUAAGCGAAGAGCGCGUGGAUGGAAACAAAGUCAUAUUUCGACACGUGGAGUCUAUUCGGAUUGCUUGCAUCGACAUUACGGUUAGGGAUCUGAUCAUGGGAGACGGGUCUGCAAAAGGAAAAUAGAUCACAAAGUCUUCGACGAACAAAUCAUGACGUGCACGCUGCGUGACAAGGAAUCCCGGGUAUUGAUCCCACAUCUCCAUCAUGACAUUAUGGUACAAUUGUGUUUUACACUGCUACAG